AUGGAUCUUGCCUUCAAGACAAGCAAGGAAGACAAUGGAGAUGAGACACCCUUGUUUGUCAAUCCCAACUACCUGGCAACAGUGCCCAGUGAUAUGGAAACCGAUGAUGAUGACGAUGAUGAUGAUUUGGGAUCAAGCUCCUUUGCAGACAAUCAAUACUCCAACAUGAAUAUUCCCUCGCAUCUAAAGAACAUUUUGACACUGGACAGAAGUAGCAGAAUGGAGGUCAAUUUGGACGAUGAUUCAGAUUCGGAUGCGGAAUCCUCAUCGUAUACGCAAAGAGCAGCUGCAGAAUUAGGCAUCGACUUGGACAAACUGAAUGCAGAGAUUGACAGGAACAAGUUUGCUAACUUCCCAUUGCGACCACCCACUGAAGAGAGUGAUCAUGAAGAAAAGAACGACAAGACAUCAAAACAGGCGAAAAAACCCAGAGAAAAGAAAAAGAGGCGAGACAAGGGCAAGAAAAAGGCGACCGUUGACGACGACACUUUUGAAGCAGAUCAAGCAGCAAAAAGCAAAAACCUCGACAAUCUGUUCAAGAAGUUUGCUCAAGACUCUGAAAUCAGUGAAGACGAGCAAACACAAAAGAGAUCCAAACAGAAAUCCAGUGGCAGAAAGACUCGAAAGAAGGUUUCGCACGAGAUUAAGCUAGAUGAAAAUGGCGAGCAAAUGAUGCGUACAACAGACAUCUUGGAUGCAAGUUCAAGUGAGAGCAGUGAAGAUGAAGGAAAGCUAUCCAAAAAGCAACAGAUGGAAAUGUAUCGUGAAGCUGAGCGUCAACGAAGAACAGCCAAAAUUAUACUGAAGCCCGUGUACAACUACAAGUCCUUUGAUGAGUUGGCAAAGCGUAGAGAGGAGCGAGAACAACAAGUGCAGCACCAAGAGAAAGUCAUCACUCACAAUGCACCAUCUGAGCCGUUCACGCCUCCUCGUCCUACUGCAACAUCUCGCCCUGUCUUCAAUAUAGAGCUGGACGGUAUUGACGAUGACAGUGAUAGUGAUAUUGAGAUCACAGGUGAUCCCAAAAAGAUUGCAAAAGCAACACAAGCAGCCAUGCUCUCACCGGAGCGUCCUAGAGCUCCUGUGGCCAUCUCGCCUGUCAGACAUGCAUCCACAGCUCUUCGCAACCACAAUAGACACAUGUUGUAUCGCAUUACAAACGAGGGCUAUGAUUAUCGUGUCAAGAUGGAACAAGCAGCCAAGGCGCGUGGCCAAUAUGCUUCAGCUACCGAGAGAGCAAGACGUCUGAUUGAAAAGGAAAAGAACGCCAUGAUGAUCAAUAGUCAGAUUGAAAGACAUUUUGAAAAGAAAAAGUCGCUCAGUACCAACAAUGACGAUGAUGAUGCAGAAGAUGGAGAUUACGAAGAACAGGAGGAAGAGGAGACUCACAAUAAUGAUAUCUUGGAUGAGCUGUCAGGCUCAGAAGAAGAAGAAUUCUUGGUGGAAGAAGCCGUGGAUACACCAAAUCGCCUUCAAAAGAGAAAGAUGGCGUCGGAUGAAGGUCCACACGACGACAAUGAUGAAGACGACGCUGACGAUGACGAUGAGGAACAAGAUAUGGCAACGAUGGCUUUCAAGCGAUGGAAGGGUAAAAAGGUCAAGAAGUCUACUCUCUUUGACGACGACGAUGAAGACGAAGAAGAGCAAGUGUCGAAAAAGAAAAAGCUGGCUGCAAAACCUGUACCUGUACCUGCACACUCUAUCUCCAACUUUUUCAAAGCAAAGGAAAACGAAGCCGCCGAGCAAGCUGCCGCAAGAGAUGAGAACAAGACUCUUAGUCGACUUGUCAGACGUGAAGACAGAGAGCCUAGCGUGGAACCACCUACAACUGAAGAUGACACGAUAGAGGAAGAUGCCAUGGACGUUGACAAACCCACGCCAGCACCUAUUUUCGUCAAGAAGCCUACUAUAGCUACCGCAGUGCUCAAAGGACCUCGCGAGAAAUUGGAAUACCUUGAAGAAGAAGCGGAGGAAGAGGAAGAUGAGUUCUUUGGCGCUGGUGGCUCUGAUGGAGAGACAGGCGAGAACUUGGAUGAAUUCGAAAAGGAUGACUUACUGGUGGAAGAUAGCAAUGAACAUAUCGACGAGGCAGCUUUGAGAGAGGCAUUCAACCUGCAAGAUAAAGAAACGGAUAGCAACAUGAUCCAACGAUUGAUUACGGAUAUUACAAGCGGUAACCUGCGUAAACAAAAGGCAGCGCUGGAAUCUGGUCUCAUGUUGGAUGACAUUGAUUUAUACGACGAGGAGGAUAACGAUCUUGUGGCUAUCCGUAGAGCAGCAGCUGCCCGAAGACGUAGAUUACUCAAAAAGAAGGGUGGUGACAUUUUAGAGAAUUUGAUGAGCGACCCCAAAACUGCUGCAUUUGCAAAAGCAGCACAAGCUGUAUCGGAUGAAAUGGCCAUUGCAGUCUUUAGUGAGAGCGAAGGCGAAGAAGAGGCAGAAGCAGAGACAACAAAGGAAGAUGAUUAUGAAAAGAGCACGCCUUCUGUAUACACGAAGCGAGUUAUCGUUGAGGAUGACGAGGAGGAAGAGGACAGUGAGGAGCAGGAUCAAGAGAUGAAGGACGUGUCUGAUGACGAGAACCUUCUGAUUGUCGCAAGUAUACUAGAUGGUGUCUAUCUUUUUAGCUGGAUAUUAACCUAUUUUGAGCAGGAUGAAUUUGAUACCAUAACUUCUCCAUUGAGAGGAUUGCCAGUAGCAGCAGCAACAGCAAGUGGUCUUGCAAGCAGCAUUCACAUCACUAGUGCAGAUGAUGAUGAUGUUGACUUUCAGAUUGAAAACAUGCAAUCACCCGUCAGUGUACGCAAAGCAAAACCAUUGUACGGCUCACCUAGCACAUUAGAGCGAUUCAAGCGACUGAUUGCAGAGACAAACAAUGCACUCAACGGCAUAUCAUCCGAUACCGGUGGUCCUCGUGUCGGCUUUGGAUCGAUGCAACCCAAGCAACAGCAAGGAGAAUCAGACGGAAAGCCCAAGCUCACGGGCAGUCUUGGUGAAAUAUUCUCAAAAUCCAAUGCAAAGGAAUCGAAAUUGAAAAAGCUAAAGUCGCAAUCAUCUAGUUUGUUCAAGUAUGCAGAGUAA